CUCAACUCUCUUUCACAUUAGAUUUAUGCAAAUAAGAGGCUGUGUGUUAAUGGGGGGAGAGAUUCGGGAUGGCACUGGGUUCCUCCCCGUCCUGAGGAGGUGUGAUAUCUCUGCUACAGUGAGGAAAAGACUGAGCAGCUGGUCGAUGCCAAGAACGAGGUGGAGCGGCUGGAAGCUGAGAUGAAGAGGCUGAAGCUGGAGAGUGCGCAGCUGUUGGCGGAGGCACGGGCAGCACGGGCAUACCGGGACGAGCUGGAUGCCCUACGGGAGCGCGCAGGCCGCGGGGACCGACUGGAGGCGGAGCUGCUGCGCUGCAAGGAAAGGCUGAACGACGUGCACUUCUACAGGGCCCGUGUGGAGGAGCUGCGGGGAGACAACGUGACCCUGCUGGAGACCAAGGCCCUCCUGGAGGAGCAGCUGAUGGUGGCACGGAGCCGCUGCGACCGGCUACAUGAGCUGGAGAAGGAGAACCUGCAGCUGCGCUCCAAGCUGCACGACAUGGAGAUGGACAGAGACAUGGAUAAGAAGCGCAUUGAGGAGCUGGUGGAGGAGAACAUGCUGCUGGAGAUCUCACAGAAGCGGAGCAUGAACGAGUCUGCCCACCUGGGCUGGGAGCUGGA